GUGUGUGUUGCUCUGAUGAAGAAACUUCUUUAUUCUUACCGAGGAGGAUGCCCGUCAGUCAGACAGUAAUUAAUAGGAACAUCCAGAGACUGUAAAAGUCCUUCCUCUUAUUAACUCCUGUUUUAUUGUCACUUAGGGGAAGCACUGUGCUUUUCAUGCUGUUAUCACUACAAAUGGGAUGGAGCUCCUUCACACACCAAAAGAAUCCGAAUAAAAGAACCACAUGAUUACAGUGUGGGCCACUGGGGAAAAUGUUAGUUAGGAGUGUUUUCCUCUCAUCAUAGAUUAUUAUGUCACACAGUCACACAGACACACAGAGAGCAGGCCUUCCUAGUAACAAGCACCACAAAUAUUCCCACCUGUCACGUCUCAGCGGUAGGGGCGCACUGGAUCUUCAGUGACAGAGACUAAAAUAUCACUACUUCCUCCUGUAUGAAAGCCUGGAGUAAGACUUAAACUCACCACACCCUUUCAUUCUUCGGUGAAUUGCACAUCAAGCAUCAACAAACCACAAAUACCUGGGUUUUAUAUUCUGCUGACAUUGGUGGAUCUGAAGUCAGGAGUGUUUGGGUUUAUUUUAUCGUCACAUUGUGUGUGUGUAUGUGAGAAGCAUGACCAGACACAGUAGCCACGACCAUCUGUCUUGUACUUGCCAGGUGCUACCAAUUCAAAGCGGUCCUAUUUAGCUGCUGACUUAUGCAAGCUAUUUUUGUUCAGGCCUAACUGGGCUUUUUCAGUGGCCUACUCGCUUCUGGCACGUGGGAUUUAUUAAGUAAAGGCCAGUUUAUUCAGUGUCCUCUCUUUUCCUGUAGCACUGUCGUCUUUUAUCUCCAUGAUAUCCCAGUCACACAUCAGAGCCGCAGAGGUUUCCAUGGCGACGGGGUCACUUGGCCGGAGCCCAGGGUUUGCUGUGGUGCUUUUGAUGGUCAGCAGACUGUGGCCCGCAGUUGUAUAGGAGCAGAAAAAAAGCAGGUUUGGCUUUUUGUUUGGGAGACAGAUUCCAGAAUGAAAACACAUGGCCAUGAUUAUGCUGGUUAAAAUGUUUGUAGCCCACAAAAUCUAUAAUUUAGAAGAUGUUUACCUGCGUCAGGCUUCGAGGGUGGUAUGGGUGGGAUUUUUCCUAGUUAUAAGGAAGGGGCAAAAACAUGCAGACACUGGACUAAUAUGGAUUAAUUCAAUGUGGGCCACUCUGGAACAGUUUUGGAGUUUGAAAUGAUGGACUCUUUCUGCUCUUCUGUCUUGUGUGAAAUUUGGCAGCUCUGGACUGCUCCUCCCUCUCUACCCUUGGCUCAGUCUAAGCAGUGUGUGUGUGUGUGUGUGUGCUGUGUGUGUGUGCGUGUGUGCGUGUGUGUGCAUGUGUGUGUGUGUGUCUGGCUAUGUGAGUCAGAGUGGCUGUCCCGGUGUGAGAGUGUCAGUGGCUCAGUAUGUGUCAUACUGUCAGGAGGAGAAGCUCUGUGAAGAUCAAGGAACUCAUUAGUGGCAUUGGUUUAACUAAGUGGCAGCAGCACGACAGCGCGGGUGGUUCUGUGAAGGCCGAGAGCUGCACAACUCUCCUGACAUACAGAUCUGGAGGGAUGGUGACCUGCUCACGCUGGUGAUCACUGAAGCCUUCGAGGACGAUACGGGACGUUACACCUGCGUGGCCUCCAACAGCCUUGGAGCAGACAAUACAUCUGCAGAAGUUUACAUUGAAGGAGCUUCGUCAUCAGACUCAGAAGGAGAAGGAGGAGCUUCAAAAUCCAGAUCAGGAACCAUGUCUCAGGUGCAGAAGAAGACUACUUCAAUGUCCCUGACAAUACGCUCAUCAUCACCCAAAACCGCUGAGAUCCUUUCUCGCCGCUCCACCCUGGUCCAGUCCCUGUCUCAGCCCCCGCAGCGGAUGCAGAGCCCGGUGUCAUCGCUGUAUGGCACUGAGGCGUCAGGCCCCCCUGUAUUCACCAAGCUCUUGCAGGAUGCCCAGGCGUCCGAGGGCCAGGUGGUGGUUCUGGAGUGCAGGGUCCGAGGAGGCCCUCCUCUGCGGGUCCAGUGGUACCGCCAGGGAGAGGAGAUCCUAGACUCCCCCGAUUUUCGUAUUCUUCAGAAAAAGCCUCGAUCUGCAGCUGAGCCAGAGGAGAUCUGCACCCUGGUGAUAGCCGAGGCCUUUCCAGAGGAUGGAGGUCUGUUCUGCUGCACUGCGUCCAACCCGUAUGGAUCUAUCAACAGCACAGCCCAACUCAAUGUCACUGCAGCCGAGGACUCAUCCAGUAAUGGCAUGUCUGCUGAUAGCUCAGGGUUUGAGAAUACAGCAGCCUUCCCCCCGCCUCCCCCACCCACAGAGAUCAGCCUCCUGGAGCUGCCACCCAAGACGCUGACUCAUCCCAGGUCCGAGGCUUUCCAUGUCAAGGAGCUGGAGAUCUGGCCCAGUGUGUCAGCGCCUCCUCCAGUACAAGUGGGCUCAGAGGUGGAGGUUAAUGACAAGGGGAAAGAGUUUACACAGAAUGGCCAACCGCAGAAUCUUCCGCCACCUCCCAGUCCACCUAAAGAGACCACACCACCACCGCCACCUCCGCCACCACCCCCACCCCAACCACAGUCUGACCCUAUGGCAGAUGUCCCAUUCGUAGCUCAGGUGACACCAGAAUCACCUCCGACCUCAGACAAGCUGUCUCCAUCCCCCGCGAAGGAUGCUCCUCCACUGCCCACCAAGCCCAAACCAAAGCUAGCUGAGAAUAUAGAGGAGAGGACACAAAGUUACAGGAACGCAUCUCAGCUGAAGCAGCUGCAGGAACAGAUACUGUUGGAACAGCAGGAAGUAGCCAACUGGCAGCAGCAGCAGGAGCAGUCGUGCCAGGAAGUCCUGCCCCCACCACAGCAAGUGCCCCAGGACGUGUUUCCACCUGCUCCGCCGUCUCCGCCUCUCCCCCCUCCCCCCUCCUUCCAGGAGUUGGAGAGCAGCGUAACCAUGCAGGCCAGCACCUUCAACUACGCCCGGCCCAAGCAGUUCAUUGCCGCCCAGAGCCCUGGCGCGGCGGCCUACGUCACCCAGUCGUCUGGCUCCUCGGGGUCCGGCCUGUCCUCCCCCUUGUCUCCGCCCACCUCGCACAAGCCCUUCAGCAGGGUCACAUUGCCGCCUUUCACCAAGGCCGGCAGCGUGGAGUCCCCAAGCUCUCCUUCCUUCCCACCUCCACCUCCACCCUUCCUCAGCUCCAGUAACCUGUCCUCUCCGACAGGCCCCGCCCAAGACUUCCCUCCUCCGCCGCCUCCUCCCCCCCCUCCUCCACCUAUGUCCAUGUCCCCGGCCUACUCCGAUAUGUCCUCUCCAUUCUCCUCCGUCCCUGCAUCUCCAGCCUCCAGCUUCCUGUCCGCAAUGUUGCCUUCCACUCCCUCCACACCCGGCAGUCCUACGGUCAAUGCCCUGGGCCUCCCUAAAGGCAAUGGCACUGUCAAAGCGUUCCCUAGGAAGUCCUCAGUCACCAAGACGCCACGCACGACCUCCGACUCGGACAUCCAAGGAUCCAAAGAUGCCGUCAUCCAGGACUUGGAGAGAAAGCUGCGCUUUAAAGAGGAGCGCAUAAGCAAUGGUCAACAGAGGUUAACCUAUGAGGAGAAGAUGGCUCGCAGACUGCUGGGUGCUGACAACGCUGCCACAGUCUUAAACACACAGGAAACAGAGGAGGAGCCAGUAACACAGGAAUACAAAGUGUCCAGCUUCGAGCAGCGCCUGAUCAGCGAGAUCGAGUUCCGUCUGGAGCGUUCUCCGGUGGAAGAGUCAGACGACGACGUGCAGCACGACGAAGACUCUGCUGGCCAGGGGGUGGCGCCAUCCCUCGAUCAGAAGCUUAAACACUACAAAGUCUUCGAGGGCAUGCCUGUCACCUUCUCCUGUAAGAUCAAUGGAGACCCCAAACCAAAGGUCUACUGGUUCAAAGAUGGCAAGCAGAUCUCCAAGAGGAGCGAGCACUACAGGAUCAGCCGUGAGCCUGAUGGGACGUGCUACCUGCACACAGCCGCAGCCUCGCUGGAUGAUGACGGCAACUACACCAUCAUGGCAGGCAACCCUGAGGGCAGGGUGAGCUGCACUGGCAGGAUGAUGGUGCAGGCAGUGAACCAGCGAGGCCGCAGCCAACGCUCGGCACCGGGACACAUGCGCAGGCCGAGGUCCAGGUCCAGAGACAGCGGCGAUGAGAACGACAACAUCCAAGAGCGUCACUUCCGCCCCCACUUCCUGCAGGCGCCCGGUGACCUCAUCGUUCAGGAGGGCAGACUGUGCCGGAUGGACUGCAAGGUGAGCGGCCUGCCCACCCCCGACCUCAUCUGGCAGCUGAAUGGACAGACCAUCCGCCCAGAUUCCGCCCAUAAGAUGCUGGUGAGGGAAAACGGCGUGCACUCAUUGGUCAUCGAGCCCGUGACCAGCCGUGACGCGGGCAUCUACACCUGUAUCGCCAGCAACCGCGCCGGGCAAAACUCCUUUAACCUGGAACUCAUUGUGGCAGCCAAAGAGAUGCACAAAGCCCCUUCAUUUGUGGAGAAGCUGCAGAACACCAGCGUGGCUGAUGGUCAUCCUGUGCGUCUGGAGUGUCGCGUCACCGGGGUUCCCUACCCACAGAUCUUCUGGAAAAGGGAGAACGAGUCUUUCACUCACAACACAGACAGAAUCAGCAUGCACCAGGACAACUGUGGCUACCUGUGCAUGAUCAUCCAGCCUGCCACGAAAGAGGACGCUGGCUGGUACACUGUGUCAGCCAAGAAUGAUGCAGGCAUUGUCUCCAGCACUGCACGCCUCGACAUCCACACUCAGUGGCAGCAGCCCAACCUCCCCAAGCCCAAGAAGGUGCGUCCCUCCACCAGCCGAUACGCCGCACUGACAGAGAGAGGCCUGGACGUGAAGGCUGCCUUCUUCCCCGACUCCAGCCCGCUGCCGCCCGGUGGCCUGGUGGAAAGCGACGACCUGUAGAGGACCACAGGCCGGCUGCGAGGAUCGUGACGCUACCCUGAGAACCCCCCUUGAAAGCUGCCCUCACUCCCAGCACUCCUGAGACAGAUACUUUACAAUGGCGAGACACAGGCACAGAACUACAGAGGGUCAGUGGGCGGAGUGAUCUGGUGCAGCGGCAGUUUUUCUUCUGUUUUUAUAAUAUGACACAACCCGUUAUGUUACAGAAUUCAUCUAGGUUCCCCCCCCCAUGCUUCAUUUGAUCAACCGGACCUGGAGAAUGAUUGAAGUGUUUCACCACGAGAGGAGACCAACAUAUUUUCUCUCAUGAACUGUACGGUCGACUCUCUUCUGCAAAUGGUCUCCUGUUGAAGUGCCUCUCCUUUCUGUAAACAUUAAAAAUGAAACAGGUUUAAAAAUGAAAAGUAGAUUUAAUAUGCAUGUUAAGUGGUGCCAAUACACAGAGUCAUAAUACUGUGUCUCUGUGCAGAGGAGGAUGAGGGAUUCAAAGCACCUUAGCUUUGACGAAGGAGAUCACAGACGUGGGCUUGUGUAGCACAGGGCUGAUAUCUGCAGCCUCUGAUUAUCACAGUCUCAGUGUUGUCGGGUCACAGAUGAGCUUACAGACCUAUUGGACAAGGCCGGGCCUUAAACAGCAUGUUUAGUUUUUCUUAUUUUUAGCGAAAAGAAAUGAGGUGUAGAGAAAAGGAAGCGUUACCAUGGAUGAGAUUUGUUUGUUUGUGGGUGCAGGUGAACUUAAAAGUUGAAAAAUGCAGGUUUUUUUUAAAGAGACACUUUAAUGUGGUGGUUGGGAUGUGAAUGACGGGGGCAGAGGUCAAGGCAGUUACGAUAUAGAAAAAUUGAAAAUAACCUUUCGGUGACAGCAGGUCAUGUUGUCAUUUUCUUCUUCUUUGGUGGUUUAUUUUACAAGUGUGCAUCAAGAUGUUCUCACUCGAGCGAGGGCGCUGUGAAAGGUUUAUUUGUCACACAUCACAGAUUGUCAAUUUUAUUUUUGUAUGGAAAAAAAAAAACUACUUACUUUCCCAACAAUCUCGACAUAAAUUAUAUCAGCAACUUUUUGUUCACUGAUGAAACAAGGCUUUCUUUAUCAUUAAGUUUUAUAAAUAAAUAUAAAUAUAUAUAUCACUGCCUUAAAUCACGUUUAGGCUUAAUGCAAACACCAUUUCUUUGCAUGUUAUUUUUGGACACUUGUACAGAGCCAAACAACUUGUACCAGAAUGUACAAAAUAACAAGCUUUUUUUUCACAUUAUGAGGAGGGUAACAAAUGCUCUUAAGCUGGUGAAAAGUAAAAAGCAAGGUAUAUUUAUAUCUACUAUUUUUGUCACCUCUGUAACAAUAUACAAAGUGGACAUCUUCUUCUGUGUCUGUUCGGAGCGAACAUCAGCUGACUGUGUUUGCACAUUUCUAUGCCAAUCAAUGCCUGUAUAUGGAUUGUUUUCCUGAUAUUAUUUUAGGUUAUGAAAGUUAAUAAAAAAUCUCUCCAGA